UAUACCUUCAGUGUAGGUCCUCGUGAGGUUGCCUGCACAGACUCUUAAGGGACCUCAGGGAACCUCAAUAGAUUUCUGAUCGGGAGAGGCUGCGCUCAUGCUCACGUUGCGUAUGCACCGCACGACCAUUGUACUUACCGCAGCGUUUCUGCGUUUCAGCGUUUGCAGAGCCAGUGUGUGUCCAGAUUACAGAUUCAGAUCUAGUCUGGUGCAGUGCGUCCUGACUUUGUCCAACAGACUCGGGCGUCCUGGCAGGACCAACUGAUUUUUAUAUUUUUAUUAACACGAGGUCACAAGCAUUUAAGCUGCAUCCUACAACACAACCAGAAGUCUAACAAUGACCGACGAGUCGAACGGCGAGUCUAGCUUCGAGUUCGUCGACAAGAAGCUGGAGGACUGCGAUGCCUCAAAUGCAACGGCACCUGGGCCAGUACUAUCUGCACCAGCUAGCACAGGCAAUUUGUUGUCCAACGUUGCACCACCAAGCGCACUUCCUACCUUUGUAACGAGUUCAGCACAAAAUGUGCCAUCUACUACACCAGAGGCAGUCAAGCCACCGAGUCUACAGUUACCCCAAGGUGUCCAGACAGCAGAGCCAAAGGCCGUAGACUCUCCUACAGACAAGGGACCAGUGGUGUUAAUAGCACCCGACAGUCCUACCAUGGAUACAGGGGCUCUGGCCGGNACAGAUAGAGUAGAUAGGAAUGAGAGUACUCCUAUUAAACAACCUCAGGAGCAGGAGCCUCGCGAACAUCAUCAUGGAAGAGGUGUUGCCAGCGUCGCCGUGAAGACCGAGGGUGAACCGGACAUAACGAGAG